AUGGACAAGGGUUUAGUAACCGGAGCUGUUUUUCUUGACCUGGCUAAAGCCUUUGAUACUGUCGACCAUUCUCUUUUAUUUGAAAAGCCAGCCUCAUCUGGUCUCUCCAAUGAUUCUGUCAACUGGUUCAAGUCAUACCUAACCAAUAGAAAUCAAUUUACCGCCUUGGCUAACACUGCUUCCUCCUUCAAACACGUUCCUGUCGGAGUUCCUCAAGGCAGUGUUUCGUGUCCACAACCAUUUCUUAUUUUUGUUAAUGAUUUGCCUUCUUGUAACAAUGCUUGCGAUCUUGAAACGAAAUUAAACUCCGAUCUAAAGCACUUAUGCAGAUG